ACAUGGAGACACUCCAAUAGACUCUUCUUCUUCUUCCUCUGCCUCUUUCUCCCAAAACCUCUCUCUAUUUUCUCACUCUCUCUCUCUUUCUCUCUCAUUAUGAGAAUGUUGGGUUUGGUUUUAUCUGUUCUUACCACAAUUCUUGCAUUGUCUGAAGCAAGAAUCCCAGGAGUUUACAAUGGAGGUGGUUGGGAAACUGCUCAUGCCACUUUCUAUGGUGGCUCUGAUGCUUCUGGAACCAUGGGUGGUGCUUGUGGUUAUGGUAACUUAUACAGCCAAGGCUACGGUGUUAACACGGCGGCUCUAAGCACGGCUCUGUUCAACAAUGGUUUUAGCUGUGGUGCUUGUUUUGAGCUCAAGUGUGCGAGUGAUCCAAGAUGGUGCCAUUCUGGUAGUCCUUCAAUCUUCAUCACUGCGACUAAUUUCUGUCCUCCGAACUUUGCUCAGCCUAGUGACAAUGGUGGUUGGUGUAACCCUCCUAGGCCUCACUUUGAUCUUGCUAUGCCUAUGUUCCUUAAGAUUGCUGAGUAUCGUGCCGGAAUCGUCCCCGUCUCUUUUCGCCGUGUGCCAUGCCGGAAAAGAGGAGGAAUAAGGUUCACGAUCAACGGUUUCCGUUACUUUAACUUGGUUCUAGUCACAAACGUCGCCGGCGCCGGAAACAUAGUCCGACUAGGAGUUAAAGGAACACAUACUUCGUGGAUGAGCAUGAGUCGUAACUGGGGGCAAAACUGGCAAUCUAACUCUGUUUUGGUUGGUCAGUCACUUUCUUUUAGAGUCACAGGCAGUGACCGUAGAAGUUCGACGUCGUGGAACAUUGCUCCGGCGAAUUGGCAGUUUGGUCAGACUUUCAUGGGCAAGAACUUCAGAGUUUGAGGGCAAAAUCGGAAACUCAUCUAUCUCUAUUAGUAUUUUUAUAAUUACUAUUAAAAUUUCCAGCCGAAG